AUGGCUUCGCGGAAUUUCAAGAAAACUGUUAUCGCCGUCAGCGGAACUUUUCCCGGCUACAAGCAUGGUCAGUUCCCUCUCACUCCAACCGCGGAGGAAUUGACCCCACACGGUCGAUCGCCCGCACGUGGAUAUCGAGAUGACACUGACACCUGUCCUGCAGCUGAUCUGAAGAACUUCGUGGAAGACCAGAAAGCUACAUUCUCGACUUCUGUUUCUGAGUCAUGCACUCACCUAAUUACCACUCCAAAGGACGUGGAAAAGAACACCACGAAAUACAGGGCUGCCUGUGAGAUUCAGUCUUGCCAAAUUGUUUCUCUCGACUGGUUGCUCGAUUCCCUUGAGGCAAAGAAGCCACUCGCCGAGGAAAAAUACAUCCUGGGCUCUGGCUCUGGUCAAAACGGACUCGACCAGGACGUGCCAGAGGAUUCCGAGGACACGAAGACUACUACUCAAAAAGGCACAACGAAGGGCACUCAGCGUGAUACAGCUGCCGUUACUUCCAAGCUCGGCGUAAAAAGCAACUCCUCGACUGAUGCCAAGACAGACGCGAAGGAGAACGCCCAGGCCUCCGGCAAGAAGCGCGGCUCCGCACUGCUUGAUGGUAUGGAGGAAGAUGCAAGCAAAAAGUCCAAGGAUGCUCAGAAGGCUGGUUUCAAGAACCUUAACAUCCCUGUUGAUGAAGGUUUUCUUCGGGAAGAAGUUAAACACAAAGGCCCCGAAGUGUACAUCGAUGACACAAACCUGAUUUGGGAUGCCACCUUGAAUCAGACUGUGGCCGCUCAGAACAAUAACAAGUUCUACAUCAUCCAGCUGCUUUCCGUCUCCGGCGGUAAGAAUCACUUCACCUGGACCCGAUGGGGCCGUGUUGGUGAGUAUGGACAGCAUGCCUGUCUGGGAAGUGGUAGUCUGGAUGAAGCGAUCGGUCACUUCAUGAAGAAGUUCAAGGACAAGUCGGGUCUGAACUGGGAGAACCGACUGGAUACCCCAAAGGCAAAGAAGUACACCUUCAUCGAGCGCAAUUACGAAGAGGAUGACGAGGAGGAGGAAGAUGUGAUCAAGAAAGAAGAAGGCGAUGAUACCAAACCGGAGAUUAAGAGUGCUCUAUCUAAGCCCCUGCAGAACCUCAUGAGCUUCAUCUUCAACAGCGAUCACAUCAACUCGGCCCUGGCGUCCAUGUCAUACGACGCGAAGAAGUUACCAUUGGGAAAAUUGUCAGACCGGACGCUCAAGAAUGGAUUUACAAUCCUGAAGGAACUGUCUGAGCUCAUCGCGGAUCCGAACCUGGCAGGCUCCAACUACGAGACUGAUUACGCGACUGCGACAGAGCACCUCAGCAACCAGUACUUCACAACCAUCCCGCACGUUUUUGGUCGAAAUCGGCCCCCCGUCAUCAACUCGGACGCCCAGAUUAAGAAGGAAGUUGAGCUUUUGGAAGCUUUGACCGAUAUGGAUGUCGCAAAUGAAAUCAUGAAAGUUUCCCGAGAGGCUGAGGAGAUCAACCAACUUGAUCAACAAUUCCAGAGCCUCGGAAUGGAAGAAAUGGCCAGGCUUGACCACAAGUCGAGUGAGUUCGAUGAGCUGUCCAAUUAUCUGUCAAAUUCGCGCGGCGAAACACAUCAUCUUCGCUACGAGGUCAUCGAUAUCUUCCGCAUCGAGAGACGGGGUGAAAAUGAUCGCUUCAACUCAUCUGUCCAUGCAAAUAUCAAAAACAGUGACCGCCGACUUCUCUGGCACGGCUCCCGGAGUACGAACUUUGGUGGAAUCCUCAGCCAGGGUCUUCGCAUUGCCCCACCUGAAGCUCCCGUGAAUGGCUACAUGUUCGGCAAGGGCGUGUAUCUCGCAGACACGUCCAGCAAGUCUGCCAACUACUGUUGCCCCUAUAGCAGUGGAAAUAUGGGUUUGCUUCUUCUUUGUGAUGCUGAGCUCGGAGACCCAAUGCUAGAGCUGAUUAGCAGUGAUUACAAUGCGGGUGAGAACGCCGCCAAGGAAGGCAAGGUUGCCACUCUUGGUCAAGGCCGGAGCAUCCCUGCGGGGUGGAAGGAUGCAGGUUGUCUGAACCCGGCUCUGCAGGGUGUCAAGAUACCGGAUGUCAGCACCGGUACCGCGGAGAGGAAAAACGGGGCCUGGCUCCAGUACAACGAGUACAUCGUCUAUGAUGUAGCUCAAAUUCGCCAGCGAUACUUGUUUUAUGUUCAUAUGCGAUGA